GGUCGCGGCUGCUGAGCCCCGUGGGGCAGAUGAGUGGGGGCCUGGCGCCUCAGCCCCAGCCGCUCUCUUGGGGAGCUGGGCGCCUCCCAGACUCAGCAGGGAUGCUGCCGGUCUCCUGCAAAGCCCAGAGCUGAAGGCCCCCUUCAGUCUUCACAACAGGCCUGCGAGGGAGACUACCGCUCGGCACAGGAGCCAUUAACCCAGCUUUCCCAGGUGCCUCUCGGAUCCAAGGGAGGGGGCUGAGAGGGGGUUGUGUGUUUGUGUGUGUGAGGUGCGUGCCUGAGUCAAUUAGCAGGGAAGCUAAUCCUCUUCUAGAAUCUUGCUGGCCAGAUGGACUGGGCACCUGGGAGUAAUCCUGGCCGGUUGGCCGGGCGGUCAAUGUGGGGGUGGCCAGGAGGCCUUGCCUGCAGCCUCUCUCUGGGUGGAUUCUGCUUUGGAGUGGCUGAGCCCAGAAGGAUGAGGAUGUUACAGAAAGGCAGAAGGGAGGACAGGCCAGACCCCAGAAGGUGGUGGGGCUGGAAAAGAGAGCUCUCCCAGGCAGCAGCUGUGGCUAUCCAGAGAACAGAGGGGGGCGCAUUGCCAGCAAGAGGAUUGUCAGCCUGCCAGUUGAGUAGGACUGGCUUGAGCCUAGGGCUUGGCACCUUGGGCAGUGGCCAUGAAAUUCAGAGUAGAGCACUGAGUGGACAUGGGAGCUACUAGCCACCCCUGCCAGGUAGGCCCCCUGCGUCCUGCUCCUGGUUCUGGGCUGCUCAGCCCCACUGGAUAGGCCAAGAGGAGACCCUCUGCACAUGCAUCCCUCUGCUAACAAAGCCUCUGACCAAGAAGCUGCAUUUUACAAGGUGUUUUUAUGCUCUCCCAGACCUCUUUUUCUUCUUGUCCUCUGUCUUGCUGGAGGUUUUGAGCAGCAUUGUCACUCAGAGGACGGUGAGGGAGGGCUGGAAGAACAUAACUUUCAGUGCUUGGUUGCAGCAGAACAUCUGCAGUAAACAAUGCAAAAAAGUUUGACUUGGGAGAGAAUGGGAUUGAUUUUCGUCUGGCCAAUCUGAGCAUGGUUGUAUCUGCUGGCCUGCAAUAGGGAAGGUAAACAGCUGCUGCCUCAAUAGUCCCUUACUUGAGCACGUAUGAACAGCACCGCAGACACAACAGCUUGCUUGUAAAAGGGUAGCUGUUUUGGUUUGACCACUAAAAUGGAAAUACUGAGGAGUGUGGUGGCUGGUGAAAGAGAAAUCGUAAUCCCUGGAUGCAUUUUCAAAGACGCCUCCAAGUGGUCUCUAGAUGGUUCAAAAUGUUUUUGUUCACACUAAGGGAGGCCUGCCUGACCUGACUGUUUCAUUUCACAUGAGUAUGUUGAUGGUACUGAAUGCAAAGCUUGCUGAAAUCUGUUGGGCUGCUCUUACUCUUUUUUUGUUUGUGGUGUAGGAAACCUUUCCUAUUCCUAUGUCCCUAUUUCUCUCUCCAAAUCUUCUGUUAAAGACGAAGUCAUGUCCCAGGAGGCUCUGGCUUUGUUAAGUGGGUUUUGCCUGUAACCUGCCCCUCUCCUCCUCUCCUGUCUCCGACUGCCCAGAUCUGCUGCUGCUGCGGCCCUGCUCCCUGUGGGCUCUGCUGCCCGGCUUGCCCCAGCAUCAGGGUCUCCACAGGCACCCGUCUCCUCUACAUGCUCUUUCACAUCUUGGCCUGCACCAGCUGCUGCUUCAUGCUCUCCCACACGGUGGCUGAAGCCAUCAAGGAGAAUGUGCCUUUUUAUGCAGUGCUGUGUGAACACCUCCCGGGGGGCUCUGACUGUGACAUCCUGGUGGGCUACUCAGCCGUCUACCGGGUCUGCUUCGGCACCGCCUGCUUCUAUCUGGCCCAGGCCCUCUGCCUCCUCAACAUCAAGUCCAGCAACACCUUCCGGGCCCUUCUGCACAACGGGUUCUGGUUCCUGAAGUUCCUCAUCCUGGUUGUACUGUGUUCAGCUGCCUUUUUCAUCCCAGACCAGCGCUUCAUCCAAGCCUGGCACUUGGUUGGCGUCUGUGGAGGGUUUGCCUUCAUCUUGGUGCAGCUGGUGCUGAUCACAGCAUUUGCCCACACUUGGAACAAGAACUGGCUCACCGGUGCCUCCCAGGACAAGCGCUGGUACCUGGCCGUGUUCUUUGCCACGCUGGGCUUCUACACCGUGGCCUCCACAGCCUACACCUUCCUGUACAAGUUCUACACUCAUCCCGGCGGCUGCUUCCUCAACAAGGGGCUGCUGGCCUUCAACGGUGGCCUCUGCCUCCUCAUGUCCUUCACCUCCAUCACCCCCUGCGUCCGCCUCCGACAGCCACGCUCCAGCCCCUUGCAGGCCUCCAUCAUCUGCUGCUAUGUCAUGUACCUGACUUUCUCAGCCCUCUCUAGCCGGCCACCAGAAAAAGUGCAGUACAAGGGCCAGAACCUCACCAUCUGCUUCCCCAGCGUGAGCAAAGACGGGAUGCAGACCGAAGACACAACAGUGGCUGUCCUGGGGGCUGCUGUCAUGUAUGCCUGCGUCCUCUUUGCCUGCAAUGAAGCCUCCCUGCUUGCUGGGAUGUUUGGGCCCCUGUGGAUGAUCAAGGUCUACAGUUUUGAGUUUAAGAAUCCUUCCUGCUGCUUCUGUUGCCCAGAGAAGAUGGAGGAGGAGCUGGCAGGGCAGAGGUAUAACCAGGAGGCUGUGUCCCCCCCUGUGGGGCAGAGGAUCGUCCACAAUGAACAUGACCAGGUGGUCUACAGCUACUCCACCUUCCACUUUGUCUUCUUCCUGGCCUCGCUCUACGUCAUGAUGACCCUCACCAACUGGUUCAGCUAUGAGAACGCUGAGCUGGAGACCACCUUCACACACGGCAGCUGGUCCACCUUCUGGGUUAAAGUGGCUUCUAGCUGGGCUUGUGUCUUCCUCUACUUCUGUCUCCUUCUGGGGCCCCUCUGCCUCCCGAACUCACGCCAGCAGCAGGGAAGCCAGCCCUUCCUGCGCGUUAUACGACGGAAACGGCGUGCCCUUCACCGCGUUGGCGUUGCAACGUAGUCUCGGCUCACAAGCUCCAUCACUUUCACUUGCCUUAGGCCUAGCUGCCUCCUGAGGUUGUUGAGGGCCGUCUCCAAGAAAGGAGAGAGUGCAGGAUCAGAGCCUGACCCCAAGAGGUCCUGCCGAGGGACCAGUGUCGCCUAUGGGCACUGGUCUUGCAAUGGAUGCCAGUCCUGGUCACAGUGUGCCCUGCAUCUGCCUUGAUAAUUCAUCAGGGAACGGAGAGGUUGGAUGCAGGUUGGUGAGAAGGAGAUGCCAGGUGUUCUCCUAAUACGUCCUUCCCCAGCACCACUGCUGUGUGCUACAAGGCCCCCCAAAAUGGGGGACGGGAGCAGAGCUGGGCUGGGCCGCCAUUUCCAGGACAGCAUGGGCUGCGCCCUCCCCCCCAGGAAAGUGCAAGAAGUGGGUCCCCAGCUGCAGUGGGGAGCUGGACUAGAUGAUCCCAGAGACCCUUUCCAGCUCCAUGAAUCUUUGGUCACAGCCUAACCCCAAGUGGAACCAGUGGUGGGCUUAAGGGCCAUGGCAAAGAGGGGUGGCUACAUAGGGGAAGGAGGUUGGCACUGCCUGGCCACCUGAUUGCAGGAGAAAGGAGGUGGAACUCUGUCUGGUGGGGGCCCAUGGGAGAAGCCAAUGUGUGGGGGGAAGACCGCAAAGGGGACUGGUGGCCAUCAAAGUCACGGUGCUUCUUCUGCUAAUAAAAUC